AUGAAUCCAUCCGCGGCUUUGCCCAAGGCCGUGGCCCUCCCCGCGCGUCUGUUCCGGACACAACCCCAAUGUUCGACCCAGGCGACUCGUUCUACUAUCUGCACACCGUCUCAAAAACGAACUUACCAUGCGGGAGCUUCCGCUUCCCCGGCUAGACGAUUGCGCGAGGGUAUCCCCAAGAAGAAUGCUUCAUAUGUCUUCGUUGUCCGGCCUUUCCAUUCGACCGCUUCCCUCGCAAUUGCCGAUCCCUACAAAACCCUCGGCGUAGCCAAAGAUGCAUCCGCCGGCGAUAUCAAGAAGGCCUACUACGGCUUGGCUAAAAAGUAUCACCCAGAUACUAACAAGGAAGCCAACGCCAAAGACAAGUUUAACGAGGCUCAAUCCGCCUACGAGCUGCUUUCCGAUACCAAGAAGCGCGAACAAUACGACCAGUUUGGCUCUGCCGCGUUCGACCAGAACGGCGGCUUCAACCCUCACGCUGGCGGCAACCCAUUCGCAGGUGCAGGUGGCUUCCAUGGAUUCGGUGGAGGUUUUGGAGGCGGAGGAUUUGGCGGUGGUUUCUCGGGCGAUAUCAAUUUCGAAGAUCUUUUCGGUGCUUUUACUGGUGGUGCGCGCCGAGGUCCUAGAGGCCGCCGCAAUCCAUUCCAGGAGCAGAUCCUUGUCGGAGAGGAUAUUGAGGUCCAAAGCAACAUUACAUUCAUGGACUCUGCCAAGGGUACCUCGAAGGAAAUCGUCAUUACGCCCUUGGAAGAGUGUGGAACCUGUAAAGGUGAUGGCUUGAAGUCCGGCGCUAAGCGCUCUCAGUGCAAGUCUUGCAAUGGUACUGGAACUCGUGUUCACUUGAUGCAGGGUGGCUUCCAGGUUGCUGCUACUUGCGAUACCUGUGGUGGAGCUGGUAUGUCAGUGCCUCGUGGAUCCGAGUGUGGCUCCUGUCACGGAAACGGUGUUAUUCGCGAUCGCAAGACUCUGAAGGUGGACAUCCCCGCUGGUGUUGAGGAUGGCAUGCGGAUGAGAGUCACUGGUGAAGGUGAUGCACCUCCAACCGGUACCUCUGCUUCGCCUGGUACCCGUACUCAACGUGGUGAUCUAUAUGUCACAAUUCGUGUUGCCCCGGAUAAUCGCUUCACCCGCAAUGGAUCCGAUAUUCUUUAUACAGCCACUAUUCCACUCACUACUGCUUUGCUGGGUGGUGAAGUUACUAUCCCAACUCUUGAUAACGAAGUCAAGGUCAAGGUCUCUACUGGUACUGGCACCGGUGAUCGGAUCACUUUGUCGGGUAUGGGUAUGAAGAAGUUGAGCGGUGGUCGCGCACGCUUCAGCCCAACGGGUGAUUUGAGAGUCGAGUUCAAGGUUUCCAUGCCGAAAUAUCUGACUGGUAACCAACGGACAAUCCUGGAGGUACUUGCUGAUGAGAUGAACGACAAGACGGCAAAACGGACUAUGAACUUUAGCAAGGAGAGUCCUCCCAGCCAGCCCGGCGACGAAAAAAGUGAAGGAUUCCUCAAGUCGGUGUGGCACCGACUUAUGGACAACAAGGAGAGCGAUGCCACAAAGUCCGAGUCCAAGGAUGCAAAGAACGAUGUCAAGAAGGAUGCCAAGGACGAAAAGAAGGACGAGAAGGAUGAGAAGAAGUCGAGCUAA